GAGAGCGAGGGCGGGCGGCCGAGCCAGAGGAGGGCAGCCGGCGCCACCGCCGCCGCUUUAAAGCCUCUGGGGCUCCGCGCGGAGCCGGGCGGCAGCGCUGCCGCCGCAUCCCGUGCCGGAGCAUCCUCGGCCAUGCGGGUCCCCGCAGCCCCGCUCUGAGCCCCCCCGGCUCGGCAUCGCAGCAUCAUGUCCCGGCGAAAGAUCUCCUCGGAGUCCUUCAGCUCUCUUGGCUCGGACUGCCCAGAAACCAGCCCCGAAGAAGAGGGCGAGUGUCCCUUAUCCCGUCUCUGCUGGAAUGGCAGCCGAAGCCCCCCCGGCCAAGCCGACAUCCCUUUCGCCGGGGCUCGCCGCGCUCCGCGCCGCCGCCGGGUCAACCUGGACUCGCUGGGCGAGAGCAUCCGCCGCCUGACGGCUCCUGCGCCUGAGACCAUUCGGCAAACUCUUCAAAGGACGCUACAGUAUUUUGAGCAUCAAGUUAUUGGUUACAGGGAUGCAGAGAAGAACUUUCACAAUAUAUCAAACAGAUGCUCUUAUACAGACUGCUCUGGCAAUGAAGAAACUGAAGAUGUCUCAGGAAUUCUCCAGUGUACGGCUAAUGUACUUGGUUUGAAGUUUGAGGAAAUGCAAGAAAAGUUUGGGGAGGAAUUCUUCAAUAUCUGCUUUGAUGAAAACGAAAGAGUUCUUCGAGCAGUAGGUGGAACCCUUCAAGACUUCUUCAAUGGCUUUGAUGCUUUGCUGGAGCAUAUUAGAACUUCAUUUGGAAGACAGGCCACCCUGGAAUCCCCUUCUUUCCUAUGCAAAGAGCUCCCUGAAGGCAAUCUCAUGCUUCAUUACUUUCACCCACAUCAGAUCGUGGGAUUUGCAAUGAUGGGAAUGAUCAAGGCAGCAGCAAAGAAGAUUUAUCACUUGGAAGUGGAAGUAGAGCAGGUCGCUAAUGAUAAGUUGUGUUCAGAGGGGAUGAACCCAGGUAACUGCAGCUGUCUGACUUUUCUUAUCAAAGAAUGUGAAAAUGCAAAUAUCACAAAAGCACUUCCACCGGGAACUUCCCAGUCCCCCUUAGACCUGAGGAUUAGCAUCAGCACCUUCUGCAGAGCUUUCCCCUUUCACCUGAUGUUUGAUCCAAACAUGCUGGUUCUCCAGCUUGGAGAAGGUCUUAGGAAGCAGCUCAGAUGUGACACUCAUAAAACUCUGAAAUUCCAAGACUGCUUCGACAUAGUUUCCCCUAAAAUCAGUGCCACAUUUGAACGAGUUCUCCUGAGAUUAUCUACUCCUUUUGUCAUUCGGACCAAACUUGAGGAUUCUGGCUCUGAAAGUAAAGAUAAGGUAAUGGAAAUUAAAGGACAAAUGAUUCAUGUGCCAGAAUCAAAUUCGAUUUUGUUUCUGGGUUCCCCCUGUGUGGAUAAGCUGGAUGAACUGAUGGGCCGAGGCCUCCAUCUUUCAGACAUACCUAUCCAUGAUGCUACUCGCGAUGUCAUAUUGGUUGGUGAGCAAGCGAAGGCCCAGGAUGGUUUGAAAAAACGAAUGGAUAAACUGAAGGCAACACUAGAAUGCACACACCAAGCCCUGGAAGAGGAGAAGAAGAAAACAGUAGAUCUCCUUAUUUCUAUUUUCCCAGAAGAAGUGGCUCAGCAGUUGUGGCAGGGGCAGCAGGUUCAGGCCAGGAAGUUUGAUGAUGUUACUAUGCUCUUCUCGGAUAUUGUUGGCUUCACUGCCAUUUGUGCACAGUGCACACCCAUGCAGGUCAUCAGCAUGCUGAAUGAACUCUACACGCGGUUCGAUCAUCAGUGUGGCUUCCUGGACAUCUACAAGGUGGAAACAAUAGGUGAUGCGUACUGUGUUGCAGCAGGGCUCCAUAAGAAAAGUCUUAGUCAUGCUAAAGCCAUUGCCCUGAUGGCACUGAAGAUGAUGGAGCUUUCAGAAGAGGUUCUUACUCCAGAUGGGAGCCCUAUUAAGAUGAGGAUAGGCAUUCACUCAGGAUCAGUACUGGCUGGCGUCGUUGGUGUAAGAAUGCCACGUUAUUGUCUAUUUGGAAAUAAUGUCACCCUUGCAAGCAAGUUUGAGUCAGGAAGUCACCCACGCCGCAUCAAUGUCAGUCCAACCACAUACCAGCUUCUAAAAAAGGAAGAAAACUUUAUUUUUAUCCCCCGUUCCCGUGAAGAGCUUCCAGAAAACUUUCCAAAGGAAAUUCCUGGGAUCUGUUACUUCCUUGAGGUCAGAAGUGGUCAGAAGCCACCAAAACCCUCCGUCACAUCUACUAGAGUGAGAAAGGUGUCGUACAACAUUGGUACCAUGUUCCUCCGGGAGACUAGCCUAUGAGGCCUGCUGCAGAUCAAAGACUCGUCAAAAAAGCACAAGCCCAGAACUGGGUCAUGACAGGGGAGUUGGAGGUUCUUUUGUAUUUCACUGCCUUGUUCUGAACAAGCGGUAAAAGCUCCAUGUAAUGUCAGGCAAUAAUCAUUUUAAAAGGUGGGUGACUACUGUCAGCAAACAAAGGGGAGAUAGGGAUAACAAAAAAAAGAACGUACUUCUGCUUCCAGAGGAUUUCUUUAUAAACUUUAUCUGACCCCUCUUUGACAAACAAAACCAAGCCAAACAAAAAAAAACCACCCAACUCUCAAAAUUAGAGGUUGGUUUUGUUUUGUGCGGAAAGGAUGAUGGUUCUCUGUAGAUUUGCACCAGCUAAGCAGAAUUGAGAGUCAGUUCUGGUUAUGCAUUCCUACAUUUAGUGUGUUCUUCAGUAAGGUAAUGAUGUUUUUUAACUUUAUGAACAAACAUUUCAUACAUAUACUGUAGACCUAUUGUAACAUUCCUGGCAGGAGGAAUAAUAAUUAAAUAUAAAUAUUGUAGGAAUUUUACCUAUUUUUAUACAUAUUUCACUUUCUGGAUAAUUACAUUCCACAUACUGUAAGCUGAGCGAGCUUAGAUAGCUUUUCAGAAGAAGCUACUGUAUAUUUCAUACGUUCUACCUAUCAAAUCUUAUUGUUAUACAAGCAGGAAGAAGUCAUUUUUUGACUUUUUUUUGGCAACAAAAAUAUCAAUAUUUUACAGUAAAAACCUUUUUGGUAAAUCUCUCUAACUGAUGUUUAUGCUAAAGCUUUUGAUGAGCAAUGUCUUGAUUAUAUAAAAUAAUGUUCAGUAUUUGUCCUACAGUGCUGUAUGUCCAGUCCUUCCAGGACAAUGUAAACAAAGUGUAGAUGACAAACAAGCAGACAAGUUCUGUUCAGUGGGGAUUGUUUCCCACUAAGUUAUCAGCAAAAACUGAUUUUUGAUAGAACACCUAGACUUCUUAAAAAAAAAAUUAAUCUCGUGAAAACUUAUUCUGAGGAAUCCCAGUGGACACUGGAAGCUUUCUCAAUAUUGGUUUUCAACAUUUUUUUUAAUAGGACUUGUGUUCCUACUCCAGUUUGUUUAUUGAAAAUCCUAUCUAUUAUUAAUGAUGCUCAUCAGGAAAUUUCCUCUGUUGCUGUAUUGGCUGAAAGCUCUCCUGCUUUACCUAAUGUAGACCAAAAAAAAGAAAAAAUAACACUAGAAAGGAGAAGACAAUACUUUCCCACGUUUAAUGCAAAUGGCAGUUCAAGAUUUAGAGGAGUCCAUAUCAUUUUUAUUUUUAAAAGGCCAAUUCUUUGAAAAUUAAUAAAGCUUUUUUGUCUUCAAUGAAAUCAAAAGAUUUCUUCUGUUGAUAUUAGAGCAUCCUUGGCAUAGAAUCAUAAAAUAGUUAGGGUUGGAAGGGACCUUAAAGAUCAUCUAGUUCUAACCCCGGGCCAUGGGCAGGGACAUCCCACUAAAUCAGGCUGCCCAAGGCCCCAUCCAACCUGGCCUUAAACACCUCCAGGGAUGGGGAAGCCACAACCUCCCUGAGCAACUUGUGCCAGUGCCUCACCACUCUCAUAGUAAAGAAAUUCUUCCUAACGUCCAGUCUAAAUCUGCCCCUUUCCAGUUUAUACCCAUUCCCCCCAGUCCUAUCCCCAGAAGCCUUUAUGUAUAGCCCCUCUCCAGUUUUCCUGUAGACCCCCUUCAGUUACUGGUAGGUUGCUAUAAGAUCUCCUUGGAGCCUUCUUUUCUCCAGGCUGAACAAGCGCAACUGUCUCAACCUGUCCUGGUAGGGAAGGUGUUCCAGCUCUCCAAUCAUCUUUGUAGCCCUCCUCUGGACCCAUUCCAACAGCUCCAUAUCCUUCUUACAUUGAGAAUUCCAGAACUGGACACAGUAUUCCAGAUGAAGUCUCACAAGAGAGGAAUAGAGAGGCAGAAUCACUUCCCUCGCCCUGCUGGCCACUCUUCUUUUGAUGCAGCCCAGGAUACGGUUGGCGUUCUGGGCUGCGAGCGCACAUUGCCGGCUCACGUUGAGCUUCUCGUAGACCAACACCCGCAAGUCCUUCUCUGCAGGGCUGCUCUCAAGCACGCCAUCCCCCAUCGUGUACUGAAAACAGAGAGGAGUUAAUCUUUUAUCUGCCUUGAUAAACACCAUCUGCAGCUCUACUGCCUAUCCAAAAAAAAAAAAGAGAUUUAACAAAAACUUUGAGCUGGGGAUUGCAGAAUUUCCAUCCAAAAUAUAGAUCUAAGAAUUUUCUGCAUAAGAUGAUAGGGUUUAGCCUAUAGCCAGUAGUUUGCACAUGCACAAAAUGUAGCAAGCAUUUUUUUUUUUCCCUGGGAACACCAGUGACACGUGCAAGAAUGGAGCAAAGUCCGUGUUUUACCACUGGAAGAGUAACACCACUAAUAAAGAUUUGGUUCUGAUCUUUUUGCCUAGUUCCCUAGAGCGAAAAUAUUUCAAAUAGCUAUCAAUAGACUGAGAUUUCAUUCUGACUUCACUGGCGCAUCCAUAUUGUUCAGUAAGUGGUGAUGUCAGAGUACUAAUCUCUCUGUACAAACCCUUUCUCUAAUCUUACCAUCCUCACAAAGUAGUCCACAGGGAGAACAAACAGAGCUUCAGACCAAAAGCUCAAUAACCUGUCUGUCACAGUUGUCCAUACAAAAUGUCUAGGUUCAUUCCAUGCCUGAUCUUGGGAGAUCUAUGGAAAUAUUUUCAUCAGAAAUUAUGGAUAAAUACUAAUUCACUAGCAAACUGUAGAAGCAAUCUAGAAACAAAUUUAUCACCAUCCUCAUCCUCUCAAGUGACUAUUUAUAGUAUAAGGAAACUUAUAAUUGCAGAGAUCAGUGCAAAACCUGAAAAUUGGUGUCAGCAUCACCAUGGAGACAAUGACAGUGUUUGCAAAUAAAUAUCUAGCUCCCCAAAUUAGAGUAGAUCUACUGUAUAAGAAUAUACAGCCUCUGCAUUUAUAAGCUUGUGUAAAGGUAAUGUGUCCAGAACCUCAGCACUGAUACCGUGUAUUUUCUUAUUUGUUUCUGUGUUAUGACAAGGUUAGUUUAUAAAAGGUUGUGGACUCUAGGAAAGGUUUUCUAUCUCAGUGUGAGAAAAACGUAAAGCAAAUUUUCAGAACUUUUUAACGUAAUAGUUGUGUCUGUUGCAUUUAAUAUAGGGUUGCAGGUUUAUUUUGUUGAAUGUCUUUAUGAAGCAAAAUGAAAUUUAUUAUCCAGGUUGA